AUGGAUAAUAAAUCUCCAAGAUCAAAAGAAAUCUUGGGACCAAGACCAACUCCAUUAAAAAUCCAUAAAGAAUCCCACAAAAUCAUCAAGAAGCCACCAUUAGCGCCACAACCACGACUACAACCACCGCAGCUACACGAGCAAGAACCAUCACAACUAUUGCCUCCACGUGGUCCAGUGAUCAUAUACGCUGUAUCCCCCAAGAUUAUCCAUACACACCCUAAUAACUUCAUGACACUGGUUCAACGUCUAACAGGCAAAACCUCUACCUCCACAAUUCCAUCCUCCUCUUCUCCAUCAACCUUAGAACUUGACUACACAUCUGCAUCAAGAGACACGUCAACAGUGUUCGAUGCAUCUUGUGGCUCGAUAUCUCCGGCGGCUAGGUAUGCUGCGAUGGAGAAAGCUAAUGCCUCAAGUGAGCUAGGGUUUGUGGGUGGCGUAGAGACCACAGAUCAAUAUUAUCAACAGCAUCAUCAUCAUCAAAACCGAGCAAUAGAACGUGCUGGGAUCUUGUCUCCAGGGCCCGCUUCUCUACCGCCGAUAUCGCCAGAUUUCUUUUCUACGGUUGGAGCGUCCGAUCCUCAAGGCGAUGAUUACGUGUCACGGGAUGAGGAUCGUGGUAUCCUUCAUUCAGUAAGAGAUACGAGAACUAUUGGCUCAGCUUAUGAUCGCUACCUUCAGAGUGCGCAAACGUCUUCUAUGAUGCCAUCUGAAGAAGCUGGUCGGUUUCAUGGUGUUGGCAUGGGAAGACGAGGAGAUGAGCUCAUGAGUGGGCGUGGUGGAGUUCUGUCUCCAGAUUUUGGGCCAAAUGGUCGUGAUUUGGGUUUUAGUCAACAUGAUUUAGUUGGUAGGCCUGGAAGGGAACUGCUUCGUCUACCUCCAGAUGCAUCCAACACUUUAUUUGUUGAAGGACUUCCUUCUAAUUGCUCUAGGAGGGAAGUAUCUCAUAUAUUUAGGCCAUUUUUGGGAUAUAGAGAAGUGAGACUUGUGACAAAAGAUGCAAAGCAAAGGAAUGGAGAUCCUGUUGUUCUAUGUUUUGUUGAUUUUGAAAGUCCUGCAUGUGCAGCAACUGCUCGUACCGCCCUGCAAGGAUAUAGAAUGGAUGAAAAUGAACCGGACUCCAAAAAUUUGCAGAUCCAGUUUUCAAGAAACCCAGGGCGAAGAGCAGGACAACGCGGAGGAAGGAGGUGA